CUUGGUUUCCGCACCCAAUGUCAGCAACAAUGUUGUUUACGGGGACAUCAACUACUGUGAGGAAUAUUUGACAUCCGUUUUAUAUUUCACUUUGCCAGUACUUGCUGAUAUUUCAAGCUUAGUCUGUACAACUCACAACCUACUACACCUACAGUUCUUAGGGCUUUAUUUAAUGUACUUGUGUGUGUGUGUGUCGUAUUUAGUUUGUUGGGUUAUUAAAUAUGAAGUUAACUUAAAAUGUAGCAUUGUUCUCUUUAUAUCUUUAGAUUCAAAUAACAUGAUGAGCCAACAGCCUCAGUUGGCUAGAUCCACUGGCCACAACGAUGAACAGGUGUUGAGACGGAAUGAGGAGGAAAAAGACGUCCGUCAAAUGAUCGAGAUGAUCAAAUCUCAUGAGAACAAACCAACAUGUCCCUGAAGGAACGUGUCAAUCGCAGAAAUCGCUGCUCGAAAACUUCUACACAGAGCUCCACAUUGUAGCUUCUGAGCAGUCCAGCAUCAACAGCCAGCAUGAGGUGUGGCAGGCGGAAACAGCUCACCUCGUGGACCCCUUAGAAACCCGCGUUAAAUACCAUGACCUGUUUAAAGACCCAACAAUAAAGCGAAUGCUGACCAAGGGUAUUGCCGGAAUAGGGAAAACUGUGACUAUAAAAAUGUUUAUCCUGGACUGGGCAAAUGGGAAAAUCAAUAUUGACAUUGUGAUCAGCCUCCCUUUCCGGAAACUGAAUUUACUGUCCGAUACUGAACACAGCCUUUUCACCCUUCUUCGAGUCUUCCACCCUGACAUCAAAGAUAUGGCUCUCUUUAUCAGCCAUACGUCUGUCCUAAUCCUUGAUGGUCUAGACGAAACCAAAUUCCCUCUGGACUUUAAGAAUAACGUUCUAAUGUCUGACGUAACUGAGAAAAAACCAGUGGACGUGUUGCUGACAAACCUUCUCAACGGUCGUCUCCUCCCCAACACCCGGCUGUGGAUAACAGCCCGACCGGAAGCUGCCAAUAAGCUCUGCCAACCGGAUGUUCACAUCGACCAGGUCAAUGAGAUCCGAGGGUUCGAUGAUGCUCAGAAAGACACUUAUUUCAAGACGAAAAUCAAAGACGAGGAAAUGGCGAAUAAAGUAAUUGACGCUCUCAAAUAUUCGCCUAGCCUUUAUAUCAUGUGUCACAUUCCUGUGUUCAGUUAUAUGUCCGCGAUAGUGCUUCAGGCUGUCUUUAGUGAGAAGACUAGACCAUACGAUAUGCCUUUGCCUACGUCCAUUACCGACAUGUAUAUCCAUUACCUGAUUUGCCAAACUCAAAUCAGUUUCAGGAAGUACGAAAUAACCCAGCUUGAGGAUGAACAAGCUGUGAUGACACAGUACAGGGGUACUAUUUUGAAACUGGGAAAGCUUGCAUAUGUCAACCUGAUGCGUAAAAAUGUCCUCUUCACAACGAACGACAUGAAGGAAUGUGAUAUAUCGCCCGACGAUGCUGCCAAGUGCCCUGGUCUUUGCACAGAGUAUUGUGACCUAAAACAUGGUCUGUAUGAGCGCAAAAUAUUUUCAUUUGUGCAUCUAAGCAUCCAGGAAUUCUUUGCUGCCCUAUAUGCAUUUUAUAUAUUUGCAAACAAGCAAGAUUCAGAAAGUUCCCCAGUUAAAACAAAGAAGGGGAAGGACUUAAGGACUUUACUUGAUUUCCUUAAGGAGGCUCUUGACUCUGCUUUGGAGAGCAAGAACGGACACCUGGACCUGUACCUGCGCUUCCUGUUCGGUAUCUCCCAUGACUCCAGCAGGAACCUCCUUGAAAGUAUUCUUCCAAAAAUGUCCAGCAGUGCAGAAUGCCACAAGAAGCUGAUUGGGUACAUGAAGAUCCUGAAGAGGAAAGGUCUUUCUCCAGAGCGGUGCAUCAACCUGAUCCAUUGCCUGAACCAGUUUAAAGACCAGUCUGCUCUGGAACGGGUGACAAACUCCUGCUCCUCGGACAAACCACUGACUCCGUUCCAGUGCACUGCUGUAGCUUACAAGCACAUGAUGCUAAAGAAGUCAGAGGAGUUUGACUUCAGGAACCAGAAAACAUCGGAUGAAGGCUUUUACAGACUGGUUCCUGCCCUGCGUUCCAGUAUCACAGCAAAACUCUGCCUUUGUGAGAUCACACCACCAACAAGUGAUCCCCACUUCACGGUCCGUACACCACCACUCUGUGCGACACUGGCUUCAGUUCUCCGGUCCGACCUGUCUCGUUUGACCACGCUGUUCCUCAGCCACAACAACUUUGGAGGGGGCAUGGGAGUUGGUCGUCUGUGUGAUGGGCUGAAACACCAGAACUGCAAGGUGGAAACCCUCGACCUCAGCUUCAACCGUCUUGGAACCCAAGACGUGAACGGGAUCUGUGAACUGCUGACAACGCCGACUUCAAGACUUAUGACCUUGGACCUGAGUAACAAUGACCUUGGGGACCAGGGCGUGGCCUUUCUCGCAGGUGCUCUCUGUCAUUCUGCCUGCAAGCUGCAGGUACUGAGGCUGUCAGGCUGUUGCCUCACCAAAGCAAACUCGUCUCUCAACAUAAUCCAGAAGUCGGGCACUCUAGUUAUUCUAAAGCUGCUGGAUCUGAGCUACAAUCCUUUAGUCGAUGUGGAUCCUCGUGUUGACCAAGAGUUCUUGGAGCUUGGGAUUAAAGUCAAGGUUCAUCAUAGAGAAGAUGGCAGAAUCAAACCAGGACUGGACAAAUACGGGUGUAACCUCAAACUCCACGCCCGCACGGCAAACCGUUUCCUCUCCUUGUCCGAGGACGGCAGGAAGGUGACGAGGAUGAGGAAGCCGUCGGACAUUCCUGCCUCUCCGGACACGUUCGAUGCGUGCGUACAGGUUAUGUCCCAGGAGAACCUCUGCCAUCGCCAUUAUAUAGAGUUGGCCUGUGAGCAUGAUGCAUUUGUGGGAGUGGCCUAUGACAAGAUCCCCAGGAAAGGGGCCGGGCCAGAUGUCGGACUAGGUUGCAACGCCGAUUCUUGGAUUCUGUACGUUUAUAAAGAUGAAUGCUACGCGCAGCACAAUAACCAUAAAGUUAACCUGUGUCCCCCCGCAAUCGAGGGGAACUGCUUGCACCGGAUCGGUGUGUACCUGGACUGGCCCGCUGGGGUCCUAUGUUUCUAUUGCAACAACGGUGGCAUGCGGACUCCGCUGUAUGUGUUCAACGCCACGUUCUCCGACCCGCUGCACCUGGCAUUGAGACUGGGUUCUCCAAAGGCGGCUGUGGAACUGACUGCACCGCCCGAACCCAAGUGCGAGACUAACUGAAUCCUGGGGCCCGUUCUCCGUACGUCGCUAACUCAGUUAGCUGGAUUUGAUUGUUGAUGAUUGUUAUUAUCUUGGAUCGUUCGGUUCUUCGAAGCUCAUCCUGCACUUGCUGUCAUAGCAACAGGUCCGUAAACUUAAACCUGCUCGGGAGCAGGUUUAUUUGAUGUAAACACGAUUAGAUUAAGGCUUUACAAGCAGAGGUGAUACAGGAAGUCUGUGGUGCAAGAAUAAUUAGCAGAAUUUAACAUCGCCGAAGGCAAGCACACCCCAAUUAAAAUGUUCUGCUUUGUGCAGUGAUUUCAGCUAGUGGCGAGUUUGGGUACUACAUUAUUGAAACAUUUACUGUAGGCCGCAAGGUGAACCACAAAAAGUAUUUUAGAAAAUGUCCUGCUCCACAGUACACUGCAGAAAAACUUUUUUUGGGUAGCUUAGCACGACUCGUUCUUUUUUAUGAGCCAAAGAUUGUGUAGAUGCAAGACUGUGGAGCGGGAUGAAAUGAUAACAGGGUUCACCUUACGGCCUAUAAAACACAAGAAAAAAAUACAAUGGUUAACAUUCCAAAUGUUUGUAAAGAAACUGAUUUCAUAAGCCUGUUAAUUUGUAUUAAAUUAUAUAAUUGUCA